GUAAAGUAGUUAUCACCAGUAGAACAGCUCAAGUAUGCAAUUAUUUGGGUUGUAAGAUUGUUAAAGUGCAGCCUCUUUCAGCAGAGGAGUCUUUAAAUUUAUUCCUCAGCAGGGUUGGACACGAUGUUUUACAAGUUGCAGGAUUGGAAGAAAUUUUGAAGCUUAUUGUGGAGGAGUGUGCCGGUUUACCACUAGCAAUUGUUGUAAUAGCAGGGGGCAUGAAGGGAGAAGGUGAACCUAAUAUUGUAGAGUGGAGAAAUGCACUAAAAGAUUUAUGCCAACGCGUAAAAAGUGUGAAUGAUAUGGAGGAAAAGAUAUUUAGGCGGUUAAGAUUUAGUUAUGACCGUCUAAGAAAGUUAGAAAUCCAAAAAUGUUUUCUAUAUUGCUCUUUAUUUGAAGAAGAUUAUGAGAUUCCUAGAGAAAGUUUGAUAGAAGGCUGUAUUGAUGAAGGAUUGAUUCAUGAGUCAGAAAGAAGAAAAGAUGCUUAUGAUAGGGCUGAUGUUUUUUUAAAUAAGCUUGAAAAGAACUGCUUGUUAGAGAAAACUGUUAAUUGCUUUUCUUAUGAAGUUCUUAAGAUGCAUGAUGUGGUGAGAGACAUGGCUAUCAAAAGCAUUGGUCCUGAAGUUGGAUAUAUGAUCAAAGCUGGUAAGAAAUUGACAGAGGUACCAAAUGAGCAUGAGUGGACAAUUGAUCUUAACAAAGUGUCUCUAAUGGCCAAUUACAUUUCAGAAAUUCCUGUUGGUUUGACUCCAAAGUGUCCAACCUUGUCAACUUUGAUAUUAUCAGACAAUCCUUUGACAAAGAUUCCAGAAUCCUUUUUUGAACAUAUGAGUGGACUCAAGAUUCUUGAUCUUUCUAGAACCAAGAUUGAAGCUUUACCUGGUUCCAUCUCUAAGUUGGAGUAUCUCUCUGCACUGCGAUUAAGGCAGUGCACGAGGUUAAAAUGCUUGCCUUCCUUAGAGAAGCUUGUGGUAUUGAAGAAGUUGGAUCUAAGAUGGGCAGGAAUUGAGGUGGUCCCUCAAGGCAUGGAGAUGUUGGUAAGUCUUGAAUAUCUAGAUUUAUUUUGUGGAGAUUUGAAAGAGAUUCCAAUAGGAAUAUUGUCUAAACUAUCUAGUCUCCAGUAUUUGGUGGUAACAGAUUGGUGGGGAAGACCUAGUGUAAAGAUCAACUUAGAAGAGGCUGUUAGAUUGAGAAAGUUGGAGGUUUUAGAAUGUAAAUUGGAUGACAUGCAAGGCUUCAAUUUUUUUCUGAGUGAGUUCAAAAAUUUUCAAAGUUUUACUACUUAUAACCUUGUGGUGGGAACAACAAUAAACUACAGUAGGGAUAUUAACAAUCUUAAAUAUAAAUGCAGACUUGUAAUUGGUGAGUGUGACAUUGGAGAACAAUGUAUAGUGCUUCCAGAUAAGCUUCAGCAUUUGCGGAUCCAUAAAUGUAAAAACAUUAGAAGCAGCUUAAACAAAACAGUUUUGUUAGAAAAUGCAACUGAGUUGGGUGUUUGUAUUAUUAGUGAUUGUGAAGAGACAGAGCACGUGGUUGAGUUGGAUUCAUCCUCCUCCUUAUCGUGUAAACCAGUACUUGAUAAGCUUGAAGGUCUGUAUCUUUGGGGUUUGCCUAAGUUGUGGGCACUCGUGAGAGUGGAAGGAGUAGCAACACCGCCACGUGUCUUUUCCAAUCUUAAGACACUUCGUAUAAAAAGAUGUUCAGGAAUGAGGAAGUUGCUUCCACUUGAGCUACUGCAAGUCCUCCAAAACUUAGAGGUGAUUUGGGUUAAUGGUUGCAAACAAAUGGAGGAGAUAAUAGCCUCAUCAGAUUUAAAUGCAUCAUCAUCGGAUAAAUUCACUUUCACUUUUCCCAAGUUAAGGAGUUUGUGGUUGUGGAGGUUACCCCAAUUGAAGAGCAUCUGCAGUGCCAAAGGAGUUAUGGUUUGCAAUUCUAUUGAAGAAAUUUGGAUAAGGAAAUGUCCUGAGUUAAAAAGGAUCCCUGUGCAACUUCCCUUACUUGAUAAUGGCCAACCAUCUCCUCCUCCUCAUCUCAAAAAAAUCAAUAUUUCUAAACACUCAAAAAAAUGGUGGCAAUCAGUGGUGGAGUGGGAUCAUCCUAAUGCUAAGAACAUACUCCAACCUUUCAUGAAAUAUUUAUGGUAAGGUGUUGAUUGGUUUAUUCUAAUUUGAAUUUGAUAGUUUAAUUGCUCAAAAUUUUUAUCAUCUCAUCUACAAGGGUAGUCCUUGAGAAAUAUUCAAUUUUGUUCAGAUAACUGUAGAGCAGCAAAUGUGUGUAAAUAAGAAGCCAUGUGCUACCACAAUAACACGUGGCAGUAAAAGCCUUUCCUCUACAAAAGCCAACUAGAAAGUCGAUGUAGGAGAGAAGGGAUUUUAGGAGAGAUGAGAUUGAGACACAUCCACCCUCUUCUCUCAUGUCUCAUAAACUCCAAUUAUGAUCUUUUAGCAAGCGAAGGCAACUUUUCUUGGAGCAGCAAAGCAAAAGAAAAAUGAGACUCAGCGGACCCAAUACUCCUUCAUUUGAUUGAUAAUAAUCUUUUUUUUUUUUCAAUUUAUGUGUCUUUUAUUUAUUGGAUGGACUUGGUUUAGUGUGUUGGUUUGAUUUGGUAAUUUGUUUUUUGUUGUAAUUAAGUUGUCAAGCAUGUUGUGUUAUGGGAUUUCUACUCUGUUUGAUUGAUAAAAUGUGACUCUUUAUCAAUUUGAAAUGUAAUUUUUGUAAUACCUUUCAUGUUUGAUAUAUUGUUAUAAUUGUAAAUUCCAUUUACUUGGCUGAGGUGAGCACUGGAGAACACUAUGGCAACCCUUCAUCACCAGCCUUCUUCCAACUUUGCAGGAAAGGGAGAUCCAUCUAGGAAUCACCACAACAGAAUAGGCACGGCAUGGUGGGAAAUUACAGCUUUAAAAUAAUUGCUCAGCUCUCAUAAAUUUCAAUUAGUGCUACAUGCAAAAAGAAAUUGAAAAAAUUCAAGAAGAAGAAAGAAGGGACUCAAUU